AUGCAUGAGAAUAGAUUGUUCGAAUCAGAAAGUCAUCUGAAUCCUGUUGAAGAAUUUACUAAAAUAUUAAAAAAUCAUUUUUUAUAUCAUGAAUGUUCGAUAUGUGAAAAUAAAUUAAAUGAAACAGACAGCUUGUGGAUCACAGAUUGUAAUCAUAUAUUUCAUCGUACUUGUGCUCAAGAUCUUCUUAAUAAAAGAGGUAGAACUCAUUGUUAUUUUUGUCAUCGAAAAUCGGCUCUUGGAGAUAUACUAUUUCGAAACACAACAACAACUAUUAAAGAUCCUCCUGAACAAAAUGCGAAUCCAAUAAAAUCAGAUAAAACUUUAGGUGAUGUUUUUAUUCGUGUUCGUAACAAUCAAAUAAAAGAUCGUUUAAUUGAAGAUAUUCAAAAGACUGUAUUAGAUUCAACAGGAGAUACAUCAAUGAUUUCAUUCAGUAAUACAAAUGAACUUAUUUCAAUCAUUGUUAUUGAUCGAACUAACGAAAAUAAAGAUAUUGAUUUACCAAAACCUGAAGAAAUCCUUAAUCAAUGGAUCCAAACCUACAAUACACCGAAACCUCUUUCAUGUGAUCAAGUUAAUAUUCAAUUUCCAAAUAUUUAUCACAUUGUUUCGAGUUCAUUCGAUGAUUUACUCAAUGCUAUGUCGAAUCCAAACUUUUUAAUUAAUAGUCUAUUUGCUCAUGCUUAUUUUGGUGCAGAUUGUAGUUUUUUUGAAGAUCUACCAAAAUCUACAACGAAAGAACAAUUACAAGAAGGGAUAAGUAAUUCAAUUGAAAUGAAAAAUAUUUCAUCAUUAUCACUUCAUAUUUAA